UUGGACGUGGUGGUGAGGAAGGAAAAUGAGGAGCUGAGUGGGGAUGGUUGCGGUGUGGCAGGUUUGUGGCAAGUGCACGGCAGCUGGCGAAGAAUUUGGAAAUGCCAAACGUGAAUGAGCUUGGGUACACGAAGCGCUACGUUCGGUGUCUGCAGAUUUCGGAGGUGGUGAACAGCAUGAAAGACCUGAUAGAUUACAGUCGCGACAACAGCUUCGGGCCCAUCGCGAGUUUACACAAGUUCCCUCGACGAAGUGACGGGAGCAGUCGAAGCAUGCUUCGGAAUGCGCAACUAAGAUUACUGCAGGAACAACAGCAGCGGCAAGAGCAGGUGCAACAGAGACAGCAAGAACUGCAACAGCAGCAACAGUUGAGACAGACGGAUCAGCAGCAGCAGCAGCAGCAGCAGAGACAAGCGGCGUCACAGCAGCAAGAGGAUCUGGACCUGCAGAGCCUUCUAGCAGAGACGAACACGACAGCCCUGAGCAGCUUACAACAGCAGUUCGAGGAGGCGAAUCAACUGGAGAGCCGGGCGGGGGACGGGUUAGAGGAAUUGAUUUCAGCGCCGGCGGAGACGGACAGUCUGAGCGCGUUCUUCCCGUCGAACUCGCUAGCGGCGCUGCAGACAUCUCUGCACGACACACUGCAAUCGGCGGCAAACGGAGGAAGCGUGCAGAACAUGGUGCAGAGCCCGCUGGGAAGCAGCAGCUUACAUGCGCAGCAGCAGCAGCAGCAGGUGUCGGGGGGUAGAGGAGGAGCGGGUGCGGUGACGCUGCAGGCGUCUCCGACGAACUCACUGUCGUCAUUUCAGAAUUCAUUUCCGUCGCUGUCGGGCGGGGGAGCGAGCUCGUACUCACGAGGCGAGGCUUCAUCGCAGCAGAAAGUAGGAGGAGGGGGCGGUGGCGGGGCACUGCAGCAGCAACAGAAAGCGCAGGGCAGCCAUCACGGGGGGCCGUCGAAUGUAGUGCACAACCUGCUGCAAGAGAUGAUGUUGAACCAGCAGCUGAGCAACAACGGGAACUGCAUGAACCAGCAAGGGGGUGGACAUGUUGGUGUGGGCGGUGGGGUAGGAAGCCUGGGGAACGGGCUGAACGGGAACCUGACGGGAUCUCUGGCAGGAAGCUUGGGGCUGAACGGGGUGGGGCAGGGGCGGAUGCUGGGACUGGGAGGCGGCAUGAACAGCGUGCACAGCAUUGGCGGAUUAGUGAACAACAACCACGUAGGGGUGACUCACAGCAGCAGCAGCAUAGACAGUCUGGUGGGAAACAGCGCAAGUAGCGUAGGUAUUGGCGGGGUGGGGAGCAACGUGGCCCUUUCUGCUCUGGGGAACCACAACCUGCGAGGGAUGGGCGGCGUUGUAGGAGGGAAUGGAUUGAACGGUCUGAGCGGGUUGAUGGGCAACAUGAGCGCGCACAACGCGAGGUUGAAUUUGGCCGCUGCGGUUGCGCAGCAGCAGCAGCAACAGCAACAGCAAAAUCAGCUGCAGGAGGUGGGCCAUCAGUCGAUGCAUCACGAUGUGGGCGGGAAUAACAUGCUCGGAGGGCUGGGCAUGACUGGCUCGUUCGGAGGGCUGUUCAACUAGAGAAAGCAGCCUUGUGAUGAUAGUUUAAGGAAUGAAUCCAUAUUGUAUGAUGAGGAAUCUUUCUCAUCUUCUUUGUCGUAUACCGUUUGUGAAGAACAUUUUUAUCCUCUUUUGUUACGAGUACUUUUUGGCUCUAUUUAUCAUUAUUUUAAAAGUUCUGCACAUUUCUCGGC